AUCAAAAGUAGAUACCUAUAUCCAAAGGUCCUGGCUUAUGGCAUCGUAUAAUCGGAAGGCUGAUAGCCAAUGGGCUGGUCCAAAUAUGGGCUUCUGGAUUAAGCCCAUUUUGUCUCUUUAACAGAAAACAGACUGCUCCUUCGGUACGCGCGUCAUUUUUUACUUAAGAAAAAUAGGUUGUUAUUGUUAUCGGAGUGUUUUCAACCACCGGAAUCCAUUCCGAUCGCCUUCCCGCUUCUGGGACUGUGAGAGGGAAUUUUAUCUACAAUUACGUCUCACCGGCUACCGUGCGAAUUGAAAGUUCACCGUAUUUGAAUUUUCAUAUAUUGUAUUCUUCCUUCUGCUGAAAUCCGUCUAGAAAUCUAAAGCUUUCUUGGCUUUGAAGUGUUUUCACUGAUCUCGGUUGGAUCCAACGCAGCCCAGUAACGUAUUUUCCCAUUGGCCCUAUUCGAGAGCGCUUUUAGGGUUUCGUGUGGAACCCUAUAUCUCAAUGGCUGUUUCCGGCUUCUCGUCUUAUAGAGAUCGGACGUCCGAAUUUCGUUCGCUAUCGGAGAGAUUGAAGAAGAUCGAAGGAAUUGCAACUGUUAAUGGAACCACGACUCAUCUUGAGGCGUCAAAAGCCUCUGCCUCAAUCUCAUCUCUAUCUGAAUUCAGAAAAAAGGCAUCAAGAAUUGCUUUGGGUAUUCACGAAACUUCUCAGAAGAUCUCCAAGCUUGCAAAAUUGGCAAAAAGGUCAUCUAUUUUUGAUGAUCCAGUCAUGGAAAUACAAGAACUUACUGCCUUGAUAAAAGAUGAUAUUACAGCAAUGAAUAUAGCACUUUCAGAUUUGCAAACCCUUCAAAACUUGGAAAUAACUGACGGAAACUGUUCCAAGGAUAGGGUUGUUCAUGCAACUACUGUUUGUGAUGACCUGAAGAACAAACUUAUGGGAACUACAAAACAGUUUCAGGAUGUAUUAACCACAAGAACAGAGAACAUUAAAGCUCAUGAAAAUAGGAGACAAAUGUUCACAAAUUCAUCAAGAGAGAACCCCUUUUUGCAACAUCCAAAGACAGUGACUGAACCACCACCUUGGUCAAAUACAUCUAAUGCAUCUACCAUUUUGCCGCCAUCAAAAAUGCCCUCAAAUGGAGUUCAAAGUGGCAACCAAUUAAGGCGAAGGUUAGCUGUUGACAGUACUCCAUCCCACCAUGUGGAGGCAUCCUUGUUACAACAGGUUGUUCCACGACAAGAGAACUACACACAAAGCCGAGCACUUGCUCUUCAAAAUGUGGAGUCUACAAUUUCUGAACUCAGUGGAAUAUUUACACACUUGGCAACAAUGGUUGCUCAACAAGGAGAACUUGCCAUCAGGAUUGAUGAUAACAUGGAUGAAUCUUUGGCAAACGUGGAAGGUGCUCGCAAUGCUCUUUUAAGGCAUUUGAAUCAGAUAUCAUCAAACAGGUGGCUUUUAAUCAAGAUAUUUGCCAUUCUGAUCUUUUUCCUGAUGGUUUUCAUCUUCUUUGUGAUAUAGUUACUGAAAAGGAGUUGGGUUUCCCUGAUGGUUUGAAUUACAGUUUAUCUAUGCCCAAUUCUUGUCCAUGGCCUGGUUGUCAAAUUUUACAUUGCCUCUACAGAGAAGCUGGGUUGCCUUUUAUUCUAAACAAAAAAAAAUCUGGCAUUUCUGUUUGUAAGAUCUGUUGUAAGGUGUCCUUCAAAUGAGUCCAUGGUUUAUUCACAUUGAUUCAAAUUGUAUUGUGUGCUUGAUGCGUUACCACCUGAAUGAAAAAGUCCGUGGUGGUUAUUUAA